GGCGAGGCCCCCCUCCGCCCCCGCCCCCGGCCCUCCCGCCGCCCCCGCCCCACCGCGGCCGGAUCCGAGCGUGCCGGGCGGUGGGAGGGGAGGGAAGGAAGGGAAGGAGAGCAAGGGAAGGAAGAGAAGGGAAGGCAGGGAAGGGGGGGCGCUCGGCCCUGCGCAGUGAGCGAUGUUUGUCCGCCAUCGCGGCGGAGGCUGAAGGAAGCGCCGCCAGCGGAGCGAGGGGCCCGCGCCGCCGCCUCUCCCGCCCGGCCCGGCCCGGUCGGCCCGGCCCCCGCGCCCUCCGCGCCCCCCGGCAGCCGCGCUCGCAGCGAAGGUCGCCAGCGGCCUCCCCCGGCCCCGUUCCCGGGUCCACCGCCCCGCCGCGCGUCCCCCGGCUCUGCCGCCCCGCGCCGGAGGCGCCGCCGGCCCCGAAGAUGUCGAACCUGAGCAAGGGGACGGGCAGCCGGAAGGACACCAAGAUGCGGAUCCGCGCCUUCCCCAUGACUAUGGAUGAGAAAUAUGUGAACAGCAUUUGGGAUCUUCUGAAAAAUGCAAUCCAAGAGAUUCAGCGUAAGAACAAUAGUGGUCUCAGUUUUGAGGAGCUGUAUAGAAAUGCUUAUACAAUGGUGUUGCAUAAACAUGGUGAAAAACUCUACACUGGACUAAGAGAAGUGGUCACUGAGCAUCUAAUAAACAAGGUGCGAGAAGAUGUGUUAAACUCCUUGAAUAACAACUUUCUACAAACACUAAACCAAGCGUGGAAUGAUCAUCAAACAGCAAUGGUGAUGAUUAGAGACAUUCUGAUGUAUAUGGACCGAGUGUAUGUGCAGCAGAACAACGUGGAGAAUGUCUACAACUUGGGCUUGAUAAUUUUUCGAGAUCAAGUUGUACGUUAUGGCUGCAUCAGAGAUCACCUGAGGCAAACUCUGCUGGAUAUGAUUGCAAGAGAGAGGAAAGGAGAAGUUGUAGACAGAGGCGCAAUAAGAAAUGCUUGCCAGAUGUUAAUGAUUCUAGGUCUUGAAGGAAGGUCAGUCUAUGAAGAAGACUUUGAGGCUCCAUUUUUGGAGAUGUCGGCAGAAUUUUUUCAGAUGGAAAGUCAGAAAUUUUUAGCUGAAAACAGUGCUUCUGUAUAUAUAAAGAAAGUAGAAGCUAGAAUUAAUGAAGAAAUAGAGCGGGUGAUGCAUUGUCUGGAUAAAUCAACAGAAGAACCCAUUGUGAAAGUUGUUGAGAGGGAGCUUAUUUCCAAGCAUAUGAAAACUAUAGUGGAAAUGGAGAACUCUGGACUUGUUCAUAUGCUGAAAAAUGGGAAGACAGAAGACCUUGCUUGCAUGUACAAGUUGUUCAGCCGUGUGCCAAAUGGUCUGAAGACGAUGUGUGAGUGCAUGAGCUCAUACCUGAGAGAGCAAGGCAAAGCACUGGUUUCUGAAGAGGGAGAAGGAAAGAAUCCAGUUGACUACAUUCAGGGUUUACUGGACUUGAAGAGUAGGUUUGAUCGCUUCCUUCAAGAGUCUUUCAAUAACGAUCGGCUCUUCAAGCAGACGAUUGCGGGUGACUUUGAGUACUUCCUCAACCUCAACUCCAGGUCUCCAGAGUACCUCUCAUUAUUUAUUGAUGAUAAGCUGAAAAAGGGAGUCAAGGGACUAACAGAACAAGAAGUAGAAACUAUAUUGGAUAAAGCAAUGGUUUUAUUCAGGUUUAUGCAAGAGAAAGAUGUUUUUGAACGCUAUUACAAGCAGCACUUGGCAAGAAGACUUCUCACAAAUAAGAGUGUUUCAGAUGACUCUGAGAAAAAUAUGAUCUCCAAAUUGAAGACUGAAUGUGGAUGUCAAUUCACAUCGAAACUGGAAGGAAUGUUCAGGGACAUGAGCAUCUCAAACACAACGAUGGAUGAGUUCAGGCAACAUCUUCAGGCAACAGGGGUCUCACUAGGAGGUGUUGAUCUCACAGUGCGUGUCCUCACAACAGGUUACUGGCCUACCCAAUCAGCCACACCAAAGUGCAACAUCCCUCCAGCUCCCAGACAUGCUUUUGAAAUAUUUAGAAGAUUUUAUUUAGCCAAACACAGUGGGCGACAGCUGACACUCCAGCAUCACAUGGGUUCUGCAGAUCUCAAUGCCACUUUCUAUGGGCCUGUUAAAAAGGAAGAUGGCUCAGAAGUCGGUGUAGGAGGUGCCCAAGUAACUGGCUCAAAUACACGGAAGCACAUAUUGCAAGUCUCCACUUUCCAGAUGACAAUAUUAAUGCUAUUCAACAACAGAGAAAAAUACACGUUUGAGGAAAUUCAACAAGAAACUGAUAUCCCUGAAAGAGAACUGGUUAGAGCCCUACAGUCCCUGGCAUGUGGCAAACCAACACAGCGUGUUCUCACAAAAGAGCCCAAAUCAAAAGAAAUAGAAAAUGGUCAUAUAUUCACAGUGAAUGAUCAGUUCACAUCUAAACUACACAGAGUCAAGAUUCAGACGGUUGCUGCCAAACAAGGAGAAUCUGAUCCAGAAAGGAAAGAAACAAGGCAGAAAGUAGAUGAUGACAGAAAACAUGAGAUAGAAGCUGCUAUAGUUCGGAUAAUGAAAUCUAGAAAGAAGAUGCAACACAAUGUGCUAGUAGCAGAGGUAACCCAGCAGCUGAAGGCUCGAUUCUUACCAAGUCCAGUUGUUAUUAAAAAACGUAUUGAAGGACUUAUUGAGAGAGAAUAUUUGGCACGAACACCUGAGGAUCGCAAAGUAUACACUUACGUAGCAUAAAAUGCGUUCAGAAAAUUUGAUUUAUUCUUGGACUAUAUUCUUCGCAUGAACUGGGAAGUUCUUUUAAAUCAUUAAUAUUAAGACGACCAUCUUCUCUAUUAAAUUACAGUACAUGUUCUAGACCAUUCAGAUCAAGCCUUUUACUCCUUUUGAGAGUUUUUGACAUGAAUUAAUUGAGCUUCAGGCUUUUCAACGUUAUCCCUGUAGAGAUCAUCCUUACAAUUCUUCGGGAAAAUGUGAAUGUGCUGCGUUUGUUUUCAAUACUGUAUGAAAACAGAGAAAUAAAAAUGACUUUAGAAAAUACAGCUCAUUUAAAAAAAUAAAUUUGUUGGAAUUUCAUUUCCCCAGA